ACCACUACCACUACCACCACUUCACCACCACCAUCACCACCUUCCCCAUCCCCGUGCUGCGCUUCAGCCUGGGCCAGUCUCGGCUGCCUGGGCUGUAAACAAAAAAAACGCCCCAACACCACCCCCGGAGCAGUGACACUGUUUCGCUGCUUUGGUCCUCCCGUACCACGGUCCCCAUAG